AUGGUCACCAGAAUACACAACGAGGCCGGCCCAAGCCAUGCGACUGCCAGCUAUCCCAGCCUGUCGUCAAGACGAUCGCUCAACCCGGCGUGUCGCGACGUGCAAGCCACGCUCUCAUCCUUCCGCUUCUCCACCGACGCCUCCAACUUGCCCGAGAGCCCUUUGAGCGGCGCACCUCUGGCGACUGCUGCUGCGUCGGCGAAGCACUUUUCAUCGGACGACGACGAAUACGUUGAGCCCUCAUGCAUCAUGGACAGCGGCAGCCGCAGACCUAGCGUGCAGAGGACCUCAAGUGCGCCUGAGCCAUCCUCGUCCAAGUCGACGCUCUUCGUCGAACCCUCGGGACCCUCCAUGCUGCGUCCGUCUCUGGCUCGCUCCUGCUCCGAGAGCCGGGCUUCAGGCGUCUUGGAACGUCGACGUCGCAAAGUUGCUUCGAGCAGCAAGGCGUUGCCUUCCAACAUGAUCCUUGACCUGGCCAACCUGCCCAUGAUCAUGGGAGCCGGCAAUAUCGGCCUCUUGCGCGCUGCUCGCAAGGCCAUCGCCGAGCCAUCUGGCUUCGAUUGGGGUCGUGCAGCCAGCUCUGCUCCGCCAUCCUCGCCUCACCCGCGCUUCCUCGUGCAGCAGGAGCCGAAGUCCAGCUGGCGCACGCCGAGUCGUUCCGCCAAGGCAGCAGCGACGAGCGUGUCUCUGCCCGCCUCGACGUCGGGCUCAAAGGCGUCGUCGCCUGAGCCGAGCCGCGUCUCGAGCGGGCUGGCGUCCUCACAGUCCUACGCUGGAUCGUACUGGAGCAACCACAGCUCGGUCUCGGACGAAUCCGAGUUCGACUGGGCUCUGGCGGGCAAUGCGCGCGCGACUCACGAGGCGCUCCGCUUCAGCGCCUACAAGGAGAAGAAGGAGCCGGUGCACGACAUCUGGUAUCAGCUGCCCGACUGGAUGAGCCGUCGCUCGUCGUUGGGCGGUCGCGACGCUGAUGCGUCGUUGCGCGGUCCAGGACUCUACUCUGCCUUUGGCCCAAACAAGAUGCUGGCCAAAGAGACCGUGACGACAUCGGUCAAUUCGGCUGCUGUGUCCUCGGCAGCGCUGUCGUUCCUCGCUCAAGCGACACUCUCGGACCACAGCCCGCGCAGCAGCCUCUCGGGCCGUGGUCGCGUCGCUCAAACCAAAGUGUCGGUGCACGUCCCGUAUCGUGUCAUCGAAGAGCUGCCGCCGCAGCAAGAGGGGUCCCUUUCGCCCCGUGCUUCCAGUGCGGCUGCUCUCGAAUAA